UACAGGACAUAAAUCAUCUCGGAGAGCGAAAUAGGUGUCGCCAAAAGUAUAAAUAGAGGCGUCGGCUCCUUGAAGAAGAAUAUCAUAUGCUUGUUCUUCACCGGCGACAGCAACAUAUUCGAAAUAAUCCGUUCUCUCAUCUUGACUUUCUUGAGCUUCAGCAUCAUAGACUUGACUUAUCUUCAAAAUGAAGGCCGCAUUCAUUAGUCUUCUUGCCCUUGGUGGCUUCAUUGUCACCAGUAUUGCCAGCCCUGUCGCUGUUGACACCAGAGUUGAGAAGCGCCAGGACAUUGACGCCAUCGAGACCGCCUUGGAAGCGCUCUUUACUCAGAUCCAGGAGCAGACAUCUCAGAUUAACGCGACAUUGACUCCAGUUCAGGAUGCCGCUCCAGAAGUCGAGGCCCAAACUGCUGCCGACGCUAUUGCCCCUCAACUGGAAGUUAUCAGCGAUCUCUUGGAUAAGGCUGGUAGCAUCGCCAAACGUGCUGUUCUCGAGGGUCGAUUCGUCAAGGAGGACAUCUUCAAGACCGUCGGACUCAUCUUGUUUGAGUUGCUCGGUACCGUGAAGUUCAUCCUCAUCAAGCUCGGCCUUGGCCCUGUUUUAAUUCACUUGGUUCCCUUGAUUCUUGCUCUUGUCAAGACUCUCAAGGCUCUUGACAAGGUCGUCGAAGGCCUGCUCAUUGCCGUCAAAUUCAUUGCCGAUGACCUUCUCAAGGCCGUUGGUCUCGGUCUUGUCGGUCUCCUUCCCUACUAGGGAGAUGACCAACAGAAACCAGAGUGGUCAUUUAACUGAGAAGGAUCGAUUGUUUUUUCCAAUGAUAGCUUGUAGCUG